UCAAUAUUUCUAAUCUGUGGUUGUAUUGUUGUGUAGUUUAUGUGUCAUAAACUUCAUUUCUGAUUUUGUGUCCUUAGUUCACAACUACGACUGAUGAAAUAGUGAUGAUUUUAUUUAGUUAACCUCCAGUUCAAUCACCUUAGUGGCAAGUACUUUACACUGUACUAUUCGUGGUCAGAAACAGAAAGUAUCACUAAUUAGAUAAGGAGGUCAGAAAUUUUCAUACAAAAACGCAAUAAACAGUAAUUGUGUGAUAAUAUUAAGUAAAUAUGGAUAAUAACUUAAAGAAUUUUAAUGCAAUGGGCAACGACGACUGGAGAACGCCCAACUUUCGACAAGGCGUUGUGACCAAAAUAGAGGAUGUUAUCCAGAGGUCUGGAAUGCAAGUGGCACGUAAUAGUAGUGAAAUGGAGAACCAUGUGUUUUCUAAGGCUAAAACUAGAGAAGAGUAUAUGAACAUGAUUGCCAAACUUAUACUUCACGUUCGGGAAAUGUCCAUGCAAUCAAAGCCAAACCAAGGAGGUCCUUCUAUGCAGGGAGGUAACCAGAACCAAGCAAACUCUCAAGUGCAAAAUCAACAAGGCCAAGGUCAGCAAGGUCCCAGCAAUCAGUCUGGCAUGACCACAGAUCCAAUCAAUGCCUUGCAGAAUUUAGCAUCUCAGGGCUCCAGAAAUCAGAUGAUGAACAUGGGUCCACAAGGACAGAUGCAGCAGCAGGGAGUUAUGGGCCCAAAUCCAGGGAUGGGCAUGCAACCUCAGAUGGGGCAGCAAGGCCCCAUAGUGUCCCAAGGGGGGCCUCAGGCUCAAACAGCUACUAACCUACUCCAAACAAUGACACAAAGACCUCAAAUGAAUAUGCAGAUGCAGAGCAAAUUGGGUGGGAAUAUGGGUAUGGUUCCAAAUCAGGGGCAAAUGGGGAAUAACAUGGUUGGCGGUAUGGUUGGUAUGGGAAAUCCUAUGGGGAAUCAGCUGCAGAACCAGUUGUCCGGGCCAGGUAUUCAGGGACAGAUGAUGCCAAAUAUGUCGAUGUCAAAUAGUAUGCAGGUGCCAAUGAGUGCAGCUAACACUAUGGGAGGACAAAUGCCCUGUAAUCAGGUGAAUGGGGGUAUGGGAGGACAGAUGGCGCCCAAUGCGAUGCAAGGACAGAUGGCAGGACAAAUGGUUGGUGGCAUGGGCAACAAUCAAAUUGUUGGUAUGAAUAUGUUACAUAUGCAAAAUCGGGUGCAGAACAAGCAAGAGGUCGUUGGCGGUAUGCUCAGCGGAUACACACAAGCCAGGGCUCCGCCCCCUAAUCAGUUCCUAAGGCAGAGCCCUUCACCAUCAGCGCCCUCUCCUAAUAUGGGCGGACCUAGUCCCGUAUCUAUGGGCGUGAUGGGCGGCUCGAGCACGAUGCCGUCGCCGAUGUCGCUGGGCGCGCUGGGCUCGUGCGGCGGCGUGGGCGGCGUGGGCAGCCCCUCGCCCUCCGCGCCACAGCACCUGCCGCACCACGUCGCGCCGCACCAAAGAGGCGUCGGUAUGGGUAUGGUGGCGUCUCCGUCCUCCUCACUGAACACUCCCGUCGGUGCUGGCGUGGCGUCCCCUAGCGGCGAAGAAGCGGCUUACAAAGAUAAAGUCCGACAGUUGUCCAAGUAUAUCGAACCUCUGCGCAGGAUGGUGCAUCGGAUGGUCAGCGAAGGAGAGAAUGUGGAGAAGUUAACAAAGAUGAAGAAUCUGCUGGACAUCCUGUCUAACCCAAACAAGAGAAUGCCUCUGGAGACGUUAAUCAAAUGCGAGGUGGUGCUGGAGAAGCUGGAUUUCAGGCGAGGUGAGGGCGUCGGCGUUGGUAUGCCUUCUACUGGGAAGGAGCAAAUAUUCAAUCCUCUUCUAGAGGUAGUGAACAACUGCCUCCAGUCUCCGCUGUCCAACCACACGCUGAAACGCACUUUCGGCUCCACGCUCGAUGCUCUCAACGGCCCCGAGAUCAAAAAUUUGCCGCCACCUUACAUACCGCCAAAGGUAGAAGAGCCAACCAUGGACAUUCCAGACGUGCUGCAGGGUGAAAUAGCCAGGCUCGACUCCAGGUUUAAGGUGUCGCUGGAGACGAUGCAGCUGGCGGGCGGCGGCGGCGCCGUGUCGCUGGUGGCGGCGCUGGACGACGCGCGGCUGCCGUGCGUGCCGCCGCUGCACGUGGAGGUGCCGCGCCGCUACCCGGCCGCGCCGCCCGCGCGCCGCCGCCGCCGCGCCGCACGCGCAGCACGCGCGCCGCGCCCGCCGCGCCCGCCGCACGCCUUCCUCGCGCGCCUCGACCGCGCCAUGGACGCGCGCCUCGCCAGUCUACCAAAGAACUGCUCGUUGGGUCAGUUGCUGGACGCGUGGGAGAUGAGCGUGAGGCAGGCGUGUGCGCCCGCGCCGCCCAACUACGUACCCGUCCACUCGCUCGGGCUUUGAGCUGCCCGAUCUCUGAACUCGCUGUAUGUAUAGUCACUUAAUUAACGAAUCUACACUAGAUUUUUCGUGUAGAUCGUGAUCGUUUGUUCGGGUUGUGAGUGACCCCACGUCACGUGGUUGCUUCCUUGGACUAACUGAUCCCAGACUACCUACUAAUUCGCUCGUUCACUCAGAAUGCAGCCCCUUAUAAGAUCGAUCGCUUGGUCGAGUACUAAACUUGUAUUGCAUGUAUAGAUACUAAGUGGACAGAACUGACUGAUAUAAGUAUGUAACUCAGAGUGACUAGAAAAGGGCCAGUAUUAUUGACCAAGAAAUUUUUUUUUUUUUUAUAUAUAACUUAGAAUGUCAAAUAAGCUGACGGCCCACCUGAUGUAAAGUGGUAACCGUCGCCUAUAGACAUGAGCAGUACCAUGGACAUAACAGAGUAUACUGUUUCGCCCAUGAUACCCCCCAUGCGUUGCCAUUCCUGAGGACUCAGGUGUUAUUCCUCUGUACCCAGUAAAUUCACGCCAUAUCCCACCCUUCAAACCGAAACACAGCCAUGCAAACACAACUGCUUCACGGUUGCAACACGAAUGGGACAGAGGUACCCAAGCAAUCGUCUUUUGUACAAAGUCUCCCUCUGGUGGACACAUUUACUUGUACAUACAUAACCUGUACUCGAACAGUUUAUCCAACUGUUAUUUCUUGUAUUCUGUUGAAUGACAACCGGUUAUUUUUGGUUAAAAUUACUGUCCCUUUAAAACAUGAGUCCAUUAAUCUUCGACUUCAGUCUUUUGUGACGUCACGUUCUGGAUUAUGUGGUGAGUGAAAAACUCAGAAAAACU